UCGGUCUCAGCCAGUGUAUAGACAGUUGUGUUAUCACCCUGCCUGAUCAUUUUGUUGUUUCCGCCAGACGACCCGGUCGCUGUGUGUAGUGGGUUUUUGAUCGCCAAUUUGUGCUACAUCAUUCAUAUCGGCCGACACGUUUACAUACUGCGUAUAAUAUAGGAUUAACACGAGCUAGUAAUAGCAUAUUCAAACAAACAGGCAAACAGUGGAGAGAUCAAUUUUCCUACACAGGACAUAUUAUUUCAUCAUACAAGAUGGCAGGGAAGAGUGUUUUGGAUCAGCUGAAGGAUGUCACGGUGGUCGUGGCGGAUACUGGUGAUUUUGAAGCAAUGGUUAAAUUUAAACCAACUGAUGCAACCACCAACCCAUCCCUGAUUCUGGCAGCUGCUUCCAUGCCUGCCUACCAAUCUCUGAUAGAUGAAGCUGUGUCUUACGGCAAAGAAAAUGGAAAAACAACCGAAGAACAACUGAAUACCGCUAUGGAUAAAGUUUGUAUAAAUUUUGGAAUGGAAAUAUUGAAGAUAAUUCCUGGUCGAGUUUCAACAGAGGUAGACGCUAGAUUAUCGUUUGAUAAGAAUGCAAUGGUGGAUAAAGCAAAGCAAUUGAUUGCCUUAUAUAAAGCUAAUGGAAUCAGUAAAGACAGAAUUUUAAUCAAAUUAUCAUCAACAUGGGAAGGUAUUCAAGCCGCCAAGAUUCUAGAAGCUGAAUACGGUAUCCAUGUUAAUAUGACUUUAAUAUUCAAUUUCUAUCAGGCUAUAGCAUGUGGUGACGUAAAAGCAACUUUAAUCUCACCAUUUGUUGGUAGAAUAUUUGAUUGGUUCGUCAAAAAUACAGAUAAAAAAACAUAUGAACCUCUUGAAGAUCCAGGUGUUAAGAGUGUAACAAGUAUUUAUAAUUAUUAUAAGAAAUAUGACUAUAAGACAGUUGUAAUGGGUGCAUCAUUCCGAAACACAGGUCAGAUUACUGGAUUGGCUGGUUGCGAUCUUCUCACCAUAUCGCCAGGUUUAUUAGAUCAACUGUCGAAAUCCACUGAUACGUUAAAAACACAGCUAGAUGUUGAAGCUGCUAAAGGACUGGAUAUCCCUAAAGUCACCGUUGAUGAAAAUACAUUCAGAUGGCAAAUGAAUGAAGAUGCUAUGGCAACAGAAAAGUUAGCAGAGGGUAUUCGUAAAUUUGGAAUUGAUGCUGUCAAACUUGAAAAUCUUCUGCGUGAAAGAUUACUGAAUUAGAAUGUCUCUAAUUAUCUCCCUUGCUUUCUAUAACAAGAUGACUCAGCAUUUAAUGAAAAAAAUGAAGAAAUAUGUUUAUUUUAAUAUAUUAAUAAAAAUAUAAUUUAAUACGAAUAAUAUCUAUGGUGAUCAUUUUAAUGUUGUUACGUAUAUUUUGUUGAUAAGGUCGUAUAUUUGUUUGUUUUUGUGAAAUCGUGGGUCUCUUUCUUUUUUUGUUAUUGUUAAUGAUAUUUCAAAUUAUGCAAAGUCAUUAAGAAAAUGAAAUGAAAUGGGGUUUAACAUCCUACUCGGUUAAUGAAGACGGCCAUACACCACACAGUGUGCUAUGAGGGAAAUUCUGCCUUAACAGCGCCACUACAGCCUGCUCUCUAAUGAACAGGAAAUGGAAGUGCCAAUGUCCGAGAAAGUAUUUUCCCCUUGUAUUUCACACAUAACCAUUCAAAUUAAAAUUGAAAAUUAACUACAGCAAUAAUUUUUUCCAUGAAAGAGGAUUUUUUUACAUAAAAUGUUUUUUUUGUUAUUUUCUGCUGAUAAUAAAUGACAAAAUAAACAAAAAUAAUGUCAA